UAAGCGUGCAUAAGUCCUGCAUGCGGGGUUGAACACCCAAGGUGACUAUCUGGUCUGUUGUAUCCCGGCCACCCCAAAAUGCAGCAUUCCAAGCGGUCUUCUUCAGUACAAUAUUUCUCCGGCUAUGGAACUUUGCGAUGACUGUACCCGAAAAAUACAGGACACUCUCAACUGUGGGAUCAGGGAAUAUGUCCAAGGCGAGCUACCCCGCUAUCCCCAGCUAUGCAAACGCUUGUGCUGGAUGUGCAAAAGGUUCAUUUCUUGGGUGCAAGAUACACAUCCCACACUGUUCAAGAAAUGGCGAGGCUCGCCAUUGACGGUAAUUUUCAAGCUAUCAUCUUCGGCGACGAUGGAAGAUGGGCCGCGCAACCCGGGACAUUUACUACCCUGCGAGGUUGAAGUCAUCCCUCUUUUUCGGGGAGAGUUGGUCGACGACUAUGGCUGUGUGAUUGGCUUGGACUUCAUGUCAGAAGAAGACUUUUUUCAUUCGACAAAUAUCGCCUCGAGGCAUCGACCUGUGACGUUGGACCUCGACCUUAUAAAAAGUUGGAUUGAUAAUUGCACCAGAAAUCACAGGAGAUGUACGAACCACCUAUCUCAGCCUUGGUAUCCGACCCGACUGCUGCGCGUGGCUUCGGGAAGACUCCCCACUGGCGUCAGACUGGUAAUCACCAAAGACACUCCUAUCAAGGGCCCAUAUAUAACCCUUAGUCAUCGGUGGCCACCACACGCACAUCGUUUCCCAAUGUUGCGGUCCUCGACAUUCUCUCAAUUCCAGCGGGGGAUUAACGUUCAGCGACUUCCUCGGGUUUUUCAAGACACAAUAGACCUAACCCGUCAACUGGGAGUGGAAUAUUUGUGGAUAGACUCCUUAUGUAUCAUACAAGAUGAGGAUGACCACUCAGACUGGGAUCACGAGUGCCUCACUAUGGACAAAGUGUAUUCACACGCAUUCCUAAAUAUAUCUGCGACAUCGUCUCAGAAUGGAACAGAGUCACUUUUUCAUCACCACCAUUCGCAAACACCGUCUCUCCCUCCCAGAAUUAGCGUAAAUGCGCGUGGAAAUAGAGAGGAGCAGUAUGUUCUCAACAGCAAUUUCUGGCAUAAUGAAAUAAGCGACGGGCCUCUCAACAGCAGAGGAUGGGUGUUCCAGGAAAGAUUUUUGGCAUGCAGAGUACUCCACUUUGGACAGUACCAGAUGGGAUGGGAAUGCCAGGCGUCUGAAGCCAUAGAAGCAUUUCCUGACGGAUUACCACCGUCGUUGACGGUGGGAUCUAGGAGCAAGCCAGGUAACCAUGAGGCCCUAAGAAAAGCUUCUCAAGCAGUUCUAUCCCAAGCACAGAUUGUGCAAAAUGGACUGCUGAUACCUUCUCCUGCUGCGGAUCUACGAUUCACUGAAUGGUGGAACUGCCUGAUUGAGGAUUAUUCUAGAUGCAAAUUUACAUUUACAAAGGAUAAGCUAAUUGCCUUGUCGGGGAUCGCAAAAUGUGUCGCAAAGAGUCGGCCGGCAGAUCGGUAUCUGGCUGGCAUGUGGCAAAGUUGCAUGGUGUAUGGCCUGGCCUGGUUCCGGAUUCACGACCCUGAACGCGUUUAUUCCAAUACCGGCUCUUCUGAAUUUCACGCACCGAGCUGGUCGUGGGCGUCCUUUGAUGGUGAGGUGUGCUUUCCGACAAUCACACCUGGCAAUCGGGAAUGUUUCGCCAAAGUUGUCCGUAUAGCCGAGGACUCUAUGCUUCCAGAGGGUGCUGUGUAUGCUAAUGCAAAUAUGUCACCACAUACAUACAGUUCCAUCAAGGUUGAAUCCUUCCUCUUUCCGCUGCAUGUGAACUGGUCAGAAAAGUCUAUCGAGAGUGUUAUGCUUGUUGAUUUCGGGCUUUGCUUCAGUGAAGAUGAUGAAUUGUUUGGUGCUGAAAUUGACAUUGAAGAGGACGAGAUAGUUAAAAGCAUGACAUCUCGAUAUCCAUUAUUUCUGGUACCUCUAUACGCGACCAUCUACUUUCUGCAGGCAAUGAUACUAGUCAGUGCAGAAAGCCAGGGCAAUGUUUACUACCGGCUCGGAAUGAUCGAAAUUCCCAUUAAGGUACAGGACGCGAACAACGAAGAAGCAGAUCAGAUACAUUUGAAUUGGAACGCGCUGUACUUGAUGCAGCAUAUGGAGAGGCAUAAUAAAGGUAUGGAGAGAAACAGUCGUUACUCUGCUUUUGAAAUAUUAUAAAUGAGCAUGGAUAUAUUGUUCAAGGGUUAUAAGACCCCAAUCAGCUGUACUUAGAAUCGACCAAUGAUACCGUUACAGCGUGUAGACAAGUAUUUUGCUGGAUACAAAUAGCCUGGCUCAUGGUAGAAAGAAUUGUAAUAGUUUGGAAAAUAAUGUGGUUAACUUCCUGCAAUUCAACAAUACAAUCAAUGAGAGAACGCGUUUGAUUGGGAGCUUCCCAUGACCUUUGACGG